AUGAAGAGAAAUGGAGAGUCUCAUUUGAAUGGCGAGGCUAAAAAGCCGAGAACAGAACUAAAUCAAGAACAACAAGAUUAUCAAGAUGAGUAUUACUCCAGCUCAGACGAAGAACUUCUACCAUCAUCGCAGACGUCACCUGUCUUUGAUAUAGCACAUUCAAACAGCGAUAAAUGGCAAAGCACGAUCAGAAAAGUGGUCAACUCGGUUGUCUCUAUUCAGUUUUCUCAUGUGGCAGCUUUUGACACGGAGACUGCAUUAGUAAGUGAAGCAACAGGUUUUGUGGUUGAUGCAGAAAGAGGAUUAAUUCUUACUAAUAGACACGUGGUUGGUCCAGGACCAUUUACUGGAUAUGUUGUGUUUGAUAAUCAUGAAUCAGUAGAUGUCAAACCAAUUUAUAGGGACCCUGUUCACGAUUUUGGUUUUUUGCAGUUUGACACAAAGGAUGUCAAGUAUUUAAAACUCACACAGUUGGACUUGGACCCAAGCUUGGCAAAGAUUGGUACCGAAAUUAGAGUUGUGGGUAAUGAUAAUGGUGAAAAAUUGUCUAUUUUGGCAGGUAUCAUCUCCAGAAUCGAUAGGAAUGCUCCUGAUUAUGGUGCGUUGACAUAUAAUGAUUUCAACACAGAAUAUAUACAAGCAGCAGCCUCGGCAACAGGUGGUUCUUCAGGUUCGCCAGUGGUGAAUGAAGAUGGCAAGUGUGUUGCUUUACAAGCUGGUGGUUCGACUGAAGCCUCAACUGAUUUCUUUUUGCCUGUGAGUAGACCCAAGCGAGCACUACAAUGCAUACAAAAGGGUUUACCCAUUACAAGAGGAGACAUUCAAGUUGAAUGGCAACUCAAACCUUUUGAUGAAUGUGCAAGACUCGGAUUUACUGCCGAGGCUGAAGCAGAGGCACGCAAAAUGUUUCCAGACAAGAUUGGUAUGCUAGUAGCCGAGCUUGUGCUUCCCGAAGGACCUGCAGAUGGUCUCAUAAAAGAAGGUGAUACAUUGAUCUCGAUCCAGGGCGAAUACAUAUCGACAUUUGUUAGAGUUGACGAGAUUUUAGAUGAAAAUGUUGGCAAAGAAUUGGAGUUUGUGUUCCAAAGGAGCGGACGCGAAAUUAAGCAGAUGAUCAAGAUCGGCAAUUUGCAUGCUAUUACUCCUGACAGGUUUGUGCAUGUUGCAGGUGCCUCUUUCAACAAUCUCUCGUAUCAAGUUGCACGCUGUUAUUGUUUGCCUGUUCGUGGUCUUUACGUUUGUGAUGGUUCAGGCUCGUUUGAAUUUUCCAAUCAAGAUACCUUGGGAUUUAUUGUGGAAACAGUAGAUGAUAAACCAGUGGCCAAUUUAGACGAGUUUGUUGAAGUUAUGAAACAACUUCCCGAUUGUUCAAGGGUUCCCGUGGUGUAUCGCCAUGUUUCCGAUAUGCAUGCUGAGUAUGUGCAAACAAUAUACAUAGAUAGACACUGGUAUACUUCCUUCAAGUUGGCUGUGCGAAAUGAUACCACUGGUUUAUGGGACUUUACCACACUUCAAAAAGAGGCUUUACCACCGGCUGCAUUGGUGCCUCAAAAUGCCAAAUACGUUGAUAUUCCAUUUAGUGAUCCUAGCAGGGCCGAGUGUUCGAAGUUGGUUAGGUCAUUUGUGCAAGUGCGCACAUUAUGUCCUAGUGGCGUCGACUCGCAUCCAUUCAAAAAGGAUAUAGGUUACGGUGUGGUUGUUGACUCGACAAAUGGGUACGUCUUGGUCUCAAGGCGUUAUGUGCCUCACUACAUGUGUGACAUCUUUGUUGUGUUUGCUGAAUCGAUUGAUGUUGCUGGUGAAGUUGUGUUUCUUCAUCCGCACCUCAAUUAUGCCAUCAUCAAAUACGAUCCAAAGUUGGUGUUGGCAGAUGUGCAAUCGCCCAAAUUCUCCGAAACACCAUUGAAGCGUGGAGAUGACUUGUUCUUUAUUGGAUACAAUUACAAUCUAAGAGUUGUUACUGAUGACGUUAAAGUCAGCUCGAUCUCUUCACUCAAUGUGACUGCAAACAGCAUUGCGCCACGGUAUCGUGGAACCAAUUUGGAGUGCAUUCUUCUUGACAGCAAGCUUACACAUGAGUGUAAUACUGGUGUAUUGGUCGAUAAUGAUGGCACAUUGCGUGCAUUUUGGUUAUCUUAUUUGGGUGAAUCUAACGAACUGUCCUUUAAAAUGGGAUUAGACGUGACUGACGUGUUGAGCAUACUAAAAUCUUUGCAGGCAAACCAUAUACCCAAAAGUUUGAGAAUGCUUGACGCAGAGUUUGCUUCUUUAACUGUUUUGCAAGGAAGAACUAGAGGCGUGCCCCAAACAUGGAUCAAACGAUUCGAAGACGAAGCGCAAGAUCUGAUCAAGUUUUUAUCAGUAGAUAGAGUCUCGGCGCCAACAUUUGAAGCCAAACCAAGUCCAUUAAAAGUUGGAGAUAUUGUGCUCUCGGUUAAUGGCAAGCUAGUUAAGAAUAUGCGUGAUUUUGCUAGCAUGUACGAUGAAACAAGUUUAACUUUUAAUAUUAUUCGCCAAAAACAAGAGAUGACCCUUGAGGUGCCGACCAUAGAUACCACAUCGAUGGAGACAUCGCAUGUUGUUUCCUGGUCCGGUGCUUUACUUCAAAAGCCACAUUAUGGAGUUCGUCAAUUGAUGACAAAGAUUCCUUCAGAAGUGUACAUUGUUGACAAAAGCUCAUGUGGCCCUGCUCAUCAAUAUGGAAUCGUCCCUAUAAGUUUCAUUACACAUGUUAAUGAUCAAGAGACGAAGGACCUUGAUAGCUUUAUACAAGUUGUGAAACUGAUUCCAGACAAAACUUAUGUGAAACUUAGGUUGGUUUCUUUUGAUAACAUUCCGGCUGCUAUUUCACUAAAAACUGAUUAUCAUUAUUUCCCCACAACGACGUUAAAGAGAGAUGCUGUUUCUGGAAAAUGGAAUACUGAAAAGAUCAAUGAAUAG